AUGGCAGAAGCUGACAUUGAGAAACUUAAGACUCAAAGGGCCAGUGCCAAAUCCUCACUAACUCGCAUUAAAAAUAUAGUGGAAAACAAAAAAGAAUCGCUCAGUUUACCUGAGUUAGAAUGUAGGCUUGGAAUUCUAGAAUCUUAUUUUAAGCAACUACUUUCGUGUCAGACUAGCUACGAAACUUUAAUGCCAAAUGAUAAUACCAACAUAACCUAUCGUUCGGAAUGUGAGGAGGUGUACAUAUCUGUCAAAUCUUUACUCACUUCAUUAAUUUCUAAUAAAAAACAAGACUUGGGUUCUCAAUCUACUGAACUUAAUCAAUCUUUUAUACUAAAAUCAACUCAAGCAACCAAUCUUCACAAAAUUAAACUGCCUAGAUUCGAUGGAAAGUAUUCUGAAUACCCUAACUUCAUCGGUAUUUUUAAUAAGAGCAUACACAACAACGCAAACUAUGAAAUUAUCGAGAAGUGUAAUAUUUUAGUGAGCUCAUUGGAUGGGAUUGCCAAAAAUGCUGUUCGUGAAUUUCGAAUUUCGAAUGAAAAUUAUCCAAAAAUUCUCAAACAUUUAAAUGAUAGAUUUAACAACAAAACGUUAAUGUUUCAAGAACUAAUUGGAGAAUUAUUUCAGUUGCCUAAAAUAACGAGGGCCACUGCAACAAAUCUUAGAAAUAUGGUUGACAGUUUUAACGCUAUUUUAAGCUCGAUGCUAUCUAUUGGUUCUGGUGAGAACAUUGCGAAUUCAAUGAUUAUUUAUGUCGUAAUGAGUAAAUUAGAUGCUGAGUCACAAAAUAAAUGGGAAGAAACUGUCGAUCUUUCAAAUUUAUUGAGUUGGCAGGAUUGCUCUAAGGUUCUAAGUAAAAGAUGCCAGUUCCUUAAGUGCAAAGAGGUCAAGCAAUCUUCUUCGCUGUCCACUUCAAAAUUUCGAAACAAAUCGAUUUCUCACAACUCGACAGCACUUUCGGUAUCACAAUCGGGAGCUCGAGAUUCGUCGUCGUGUCCUAUUUGCAAUGAUAAUAGUCACACCAUUUACAAAUGCAAAAAAAUUUCUGAAUUACCCGUAAUAACUCGCUUUGAAAAGGUAAAAAACUUAGCGCUUUGUAUAAACUGUUUGAAUAAAGGGCAUUCGGUAAAAAGAUGCAAUUCUUCCAAGUGUAGAAUUUGCUCCGCCCCACAUCACACAUGA